GUUUCGUUCUCUUUUCUUGGGGAGCUGAGCGGUGAGACUCGCCAAUUUUGCAAGGUUUCCUCGCCGGUUUCUCGGCAUUCCGUCGGUGAAUUUCCACCAAUAUUGCGUCAGAGUGAGCGAACAUUGUCUAGAACCUUUGGGCCGAGUUGGAAGCAAAUCGGUUCAGGGACCGAUGAUCACCAUUUGCACAUAGCAGUUCGAGCUAAGGCUGGUCAGAUGUCACGAAGGGGUACAGAAGAGCCCCCAUUCCUGUCGGUGGGCACUGAAGUCAGUGCAAAGUACCGAGGGGCAUUUUGUGAAGCAAAGGUCAAGAUAGUCAAGAAGUUGGUGAAGUGUAAGGUGACUUUCAAGAAUGAUAGUUCAUCAACGCAAAUCACAGAUGACUCUAUUAUCAAAGGACCACUUAGGGUCGGAGCGCACGUGGAAGUUAAGACUGAAGAUGGACAAGUCAGGGAAGCUGUCAUCAACAAAGUGAUGGACAGCAGUACCUAUACUGUUGUGUUUGAUGAUGGAGAUGAGCGAACAUUAAGGAGAACUUCCCUCUGUCUGAAGGGAGAGAAACACUUCAGUGAAAGUGAGACCCUAGACAACCUCCCUCUGACAGACCCGGAGAAUUUCGGUACGCCGGUCGUGCACGGCAGUAGUAAGGGGAAGCGACGGCGGCGGCGCUGGGGAACGCCGACCCGGGUCAGCAGUGACGAGGAGAGCGAUGACGAGACUCCCGCGCCCAAGAAGUCUGCUUCUAAGGCCAGUAAGGAGAAGGAGGUUCGAAAGGUCUUGUGUGUGGAGUCUACAGAUAAGAGAAGAAAUUGGUUUCCAGCAUUGCCUGUGAGCCCUAGCAGCGCAGAUGUAAAGCUUACGAGAGGCAAGGACCAGAUAGCAGUGCGGUCAUUCAGGGAUGGGAAAUACCAUGUAGUGAACAAGGAGGACACCAGGGAGUUUAACAAGGAGCAGGCAGAGAGGAUAGAGAGCCCCUCCCUCAAACCUGCUAUUGACUUGGCUAUCAAGUACUUGGACACUGGAGACGUCCCCACAUCUUGGGAUAACAAUAAGAAACGUGUCAAGGAGGAGAGUGAUGCAGAGGAGGACAAUGACGGGGAGGAAGAAGAUGAGGAAUCCUCGGAUGAAGACUCUGAAGAAAAAGAAAAGUUCUUAGAGGAUCUGUACAGGUUUAUGGAAGAGAAAGGUACUCCCAUCACAAAGCCCCCAGUCCUGGGCUACAGAGACCUCAACCUGUUUAAGCUGUAUGAACUGGUGCAAGGCCAGGGGGGAUUUGAUGAGGUGACAAAAGACUGUGGACUGUGGAAAGAGCUGUACGGUAAGAUGGGGAUUCCAGCACAGCACUCUGCAGCCUCGCACAACAUCAAAGCUGCCUACAAGAAGUACCUGCAUGAUUAUGAGGAGCAUAAGAAGAAGCAGAAGCAGCAGGGCACCCCCAGGGCGCGGGGCAGGCCGCCCAAGAGCCCCCGGGGGGCAGACAGGUCAGAGAACAAGGAGGAAGACAGGAAGGACAAGAAGGAGGAGGAAAAGAAGAAGCAGGACAAAAGGGAAGAAGACAAAAAGAAGAAGAAAGAGGACAGUGAUGAUGAGGGAGAUGAAGAAAAGGAUCCAGAGGAAGAAGCCAGACCAAGGAGAGGGAGGAGGCCAUCUUCAGCAAGAAGACUGCCUGUGCCAGAGAAGAAGGAGGACAAGGACAAAGGAAGGGAGCCUGAGAAGGCUGCAGAGAAGGGCAGCAAGCCUAAGGAGAAGGAUAAAGACAGCAAAGCUUCCAGUAAAUCUGAUGAUGAAUCAGAGGAAGAGGAAGAUGAGGCUGAAACAAAGGACCAGAAGAAAGAAGAAGAGGCCUCUGAUGAUGAAGAAAAGCAGCCCCUGGGAGACUAUGCCAUCGGGGAUAAGAUCCGUGUGAAGUACGGGCGCGGCCGGCAGCAGAGGAUCUAUGAGGCAAAGGUCCUGGAGGCUGAGAUGGAGGAGGGAGAACUGAUGUACUAUGUCCACUAUGCAGGAUGGAACGUCAGGUAUGAUGAAUGGAUCAACCUGGACCGGAUUGUGGGACCACUCGACAACAAGUCUGGCAACAAAGGAGGCAAGAAGGGGGAGCCAGUCCACUCAGCAAAGAACGGCAAAACACCACCUCCCAACAAGGGCCUGGGGAAGCGGGGACGCCCGCCGGGGUCCGGCAGGAAGAAGGAGGAAGACGACAAGGAUGAGAAGGAGUCUACAACGUCAGAGCCAGCUCCUCCUACCCCGGAACCUCCCAAGACCCAGCUCAAGAAGACCGACAAGACGGUGCAAGUGAAAGUGGAGAGAUUAUCAGAGAAGAUGGAAUCUCCCCGGGUGGCCAGGCUAACAAGGUCCAACAGCACAGCUGAUGCAACUCUGCCUUUUGACAUUGAAGCUUUGAAGCCCAAGAGAACAAGGAGAAGUUCAGGACAAAGUGUCACAGAGCCUCAACCAUCAGAACCUCCAAGUAGUCCUGAACAGAUAGCAGAAGAAGAGGAGAGGGAAGAUCACUUCAAGGUAGCUGCAAAAGAAAAAGAAGAGAAAACUACAGUUCAGGAGAAGCCCAAGGAGGAGAAACCAAGUACAGAAGGUGUCUCUGCUGAGGACGAAAAGCCUCCUGUGGAGGAAGAAAAAGGAGAUGACAAGAAAGAUGCUGUAAAGGAGGAAGCAGAGACAAAGGAGGCUUUGUUGAAGGAGGGAGACAAGGACGCUGAUAUGGAGAGGGAAGACAGCAAGGAAGGGAAGAAAGAGCAAUCAAAGAACAAACGCAGAGAAUCAUCAGCCAGAAGAAAAAGGAGGGAGUCGGUAGAGAAGGCGCCACCCGAGAUUGAAGACACAAGGCAAGAAGACGAAACAGCAAAAGAGCUGGACGACAAUGACAGAGUAACCCAGGAGGGGGAGGAGAAGGAAGCUAAGGAACAAGAGAUGAUACUGGCUGGUGGCGACUCUCAGAAACUUCCUCCUACACAGAAUGAUGCAAAGGAGCAGCCCUCUAAGGAUGAAAAGAAAGAAGAUCCUGACAAGCAAGAAAUGCCUCAUGAGGAAAAGGAGGAGGGAGAUGUGGAAAAGACGGAGAAGGGGAAGAAGAAAUCAGCUAAAAAGGGCAAGGGUCGCAAGUCGGGCACAGAUCAGAGAAGCAAGGCAGCUGAAGAGAGAAGGCAUACUAAAGAAGAACCUUCACAGUCCUCAGAACACAUAAAAGAGGAAGAUUUGAAAGAUACUGUUCAGCCCAAAAAUGAAGACCACACCAAGGAAGGGUCAUCCCUCUUGCCAGAGGCUCCUAACAGUGUCACCCUACCUGUAAAAGAGGAAAGGUCCUCUGAAGAAACAAGUAAAGAAGAGGCCCAGGUAAACAGGAUAUCCCCACCUGAACCAGUCAGCUCUGCCCCUACUGUCACCCCCAACUCCACCAGGUCCAAGAGAGCAUCUUCUCCAACAGAUACUGCUUUCACCCCACCCAGCAAGAAGACCAAAGGCAAGAACGACAAGUCCGACAGGUCGUUAGCAAGAAGCGACAGGUCGUCUCCAGUACCCGAGUCUAAGUCGAGGAGAGGCAAGGCAGACAAAGUCGGCCGGACAUCCCCUCGACAGGACAGGUCAUCACCAGUACCAAGCUCUGGGUCCAGCAAGAAGACCAAAAAGGAGAAGGUGGAGAAGGAAAAGGUGGACAGAAUAUCCCCCGUUCUACAGGCUCUGCCUUCUGUCGCUGAUGCAGUGAAAAGUGAUCAGGAGAAACAAGUGCCAGAGAAGGCCCUGAAGAAGGAGCCGGAGGACAACAGAACACCUCCGGUUCUCAACGGCCUUCCACCCACCCCUCCGGGCAUCGCCCCUCCCAGCAUUCCAGCCACGUCUGUGCCCGAGGAAAAGUCUGAGCCCCCCACAUUAGAGGAGGCUUUGCCGCCAGGAGGCCAGGAAGAAAGCAAGAGUACUAAAAAUGACAUGGACAUGAACCUUGAGUUGGACAAUGUGAGUGAACAACCAGGGGUGGGCAACGAGUCCCCCGUACAGGACAGCAGCACGGCCUCCUCCAGUAGUAUCGGCAGCGGGAACAUGCCCACCAACGGGAGCACUAGUGCCAGCGGGACGGAGGCCGUCACGCCCAGCAGGAAACGGAAGCACGAGGACGCGGACAGUGCCGGCAGCAAGCGGAAACGCAAGCACCACAGACACAAGAAGGGCCGGCACCACAAACACAACAACGUGAACUGCAGCGACAGUGAGUCUUCCGAGAAGGACAACAAGGACUCCCACCACAAGCACAACGGCAGCUCUCCUCGGAAAAGGUCCAGGUCUCCCUCAGACCCCACCUCACCAUCCAGGCCUCCCAAGUUCCACUUCAGUGUUGAAGAAUGCCUGAGGUACCAGGGAGAGGCCAGGAUAGACUUUCUACAGACAAAACUGCAGGAGAUGAAGACAAUCUAUGGAGCCCUGAAAUCUGAGGUAGCCUCCAUUGACCGCAAGAAGAAGAGGCACAAGAGGAAAGAGCGAGAACGGGCAGAGAGAGAAGCAGCUCAGGCUUUGGCAUCAGCAGCCCACAAGAACAACUCUGGUAACGUGAGCAGUGUCAGCAGUCCUUCCACAGUGUCGGUGGAGUGCAGAUAGGCCUCGUCCACUCCACCAGCUCUUCCCAGGAGCAGCUAGCAAACACGGGGUUUUUCAGGGUUCUGAACGGUCCACUUUAGUCUAGGGGGAACAGGGACAUCCUCUGGUGCAACAAUGAAAUUUCUGAUAACAUGGCUUUCAGGUGAUUUCCCUAACAGGUAUGCCCAGCUGAAAAGUAUGACCAAUCUUGACUGAAACUGGCUGGGAGUAUUAUAUAGUAGUUUGUUGUACAGAUUUUGAGAAUGUUUAUGUGAGAGAAUGGUUUGACUUUAUUAUUACGGGCAUACCUGGUGAUCAUGGUUGGACCGAUUUGUUGGAAUCGGCUGGUGUAUUAUGAAAGCGAGGUUCCCUGAUCCUUUGACAAAAUGGGCCGUUCUGCAAGGCAUGGUGGGUAUGGCAGACCAGGACGGUGUUAGUUAGCCUAUGUGUUCUGUGGGACCAGGCUUGUGAUCCAUGUAGUCAUAUUGUAGUGUCCCUCAUAGGCAACUACUCUUAACUGUCCCUUUUGUUCCUGACCAGUCUGUACUAGGUUAGCCAGCUAGAUGAAGUAACAAAAGUGACUAUCACCCUUGGACUAGCUCCACCCAGCAAAGAGAGGUUACUCUCCACCAGUGAAUAUUGACCACAGUGUUGACAGUAUUGAAAGACAGAUUGAUUUCUUCCAGUUGUAUAAGAGCAAUACCUGCAUAAGAUGCUGUCUGUCAUGACCACCAUGCCUCAACCCUUCUACGUGGGCCAACUUUAAAAUUUAAGACCUCCAAAUGCUAGUGAGAUAAAUUUAUUUCUGUGAUAAAGAGAGCAAAAAACUGUCAUUUCAGAUUGUUCAUAUAGUCCUUCAAUGUCAUUAUUUUCACAGAGAACUUCAGUGAAGGUAAAAAAAAUCCAUAUAUUUCAUGAAGUUUUAUACACAGUUUUAUGCAAUGCUACCAAGCAGCAGACAUUUUCCAGUCUGCGUACAAGUAGUGGACUGGAUUUUUAUUCUUAUCCCCAUUAUUUAAUGUAUUUGUUGCCAAAAGGUCCCUUAUUUGUUUAUAUUAUUGUGGAUAUCUCAAUAUUUUGAUGAUUUUUGUACAGUAAUUUUAAGGAAUUGGAGAGAGUGAGUACAGGAGAGGAAGACAAUGUCAAUCGAAUUCCAGAGGCCAAAAAUUGGAAGAUAUACAGUAUGUCCUCAUGCUGAUUCCAUACCUGGCCACGCCUUAAUCUGAGCUGCAUCUAACCAUGCAUUGUGCCACUUUGUUGGCCUAUCGAAAUAGCAAAUCAGAGAGAUAACGUGUAAAUUGAGGGAACACCUCCACAUUUUUUAUUCUUCCCCCCAUCCCCGUGUACAUGUUAUUAGUCUUUUCCUGGUAUAUUGGUGAGGAAUAACUCGGCUUAUUUGCUGAAUACAGGAAGAGAAUUUUUGUCUGAAAAUUCCAAUGAUGUAUACUGCCAUUAUUCCUACUUCCAAAUUAAUUAUUAAGAUGCGUGGCUGAGAAUCUUGUAGAUAUUUCUCUUGUAGACAUUACUACGAGUCUUGAUGGAACAUUUCUGUGUGCUAACUUGACAACCACUAGAUAAAAUAAAUCAAGUCAUUUUA